AUGAUAUAUCUUAUCUUGGCCUCCUCGUCAAGCCUGAUCCUAUCUUGGGCCGUCCCCCGAACACUUCUAUGACCCUCAACCAUAAUUUGUUCACUCAUCAUCUCCAGACUAACUCUUAACCUAGCCCAAAAACACAUACCUUCAUUAUGACACAAAAUCUCCGCUAGCUUCGCUACCGACCCUCUAGCUUCACCUCUAAUAACCCUGAGCAUAUGGCUUGGCCCUUUAUCCCUCAUAGCCAGAAUAAAAACAAUAAAGAGCCUACCACUAAUAAAACAGCGCACUUUCAUUUCCCUUAUAUUUAUCAUACUGACUGCCCUAAUCCUUACAUUUGCCUCGCUUGAAUUAACCCUAUUCUACAUCGCAUUUGAAACGACCCUUCUUCCAACACUAAUUCUCAUAUCCCGCUGAGGGGCAAAAAAGGAACGGUAUCAAGCUAGCACAUACUUCCUUUUUUAUACUCUCGUAGGUUCCCUACCCCUCCUCAUAGCCAUCAUAAGCAUCUACACCGUAACCGAAUCAUCUUUACUACCAGCCAUUUUCCUUGGAAAAAAAAUAACAUCACUCCCCACUGCAUUAACCUCCAUAUGAUGAAUCUUCUGCCUUAUAGCCUUCAUAAUAAAGAUGCCGAUUUAUGGAUUCCACCUGUGACUCCCUAAGGCUCACGUAGAAGCCCCCAUAGCUGGGUCAAUGAUUCUUGCAGCCAUCCUCCUGAAGCUCGGGGGAUACGGCCUCGCCCGAACCAUCACAAUAUUUAUUAUACCCGCUUCCGUAAAAAUAUCAUUCCCACUCACAACCUUCUGCAUAUGAGGCGCUCUAAUAACAAGGAUCAUUUGCCUACGACAAACAGACCUGCGGUUCUUCGUCUAUUCAUCUUGUCCGGGCCACCUGAGAUUAGUAGCUUCUGGCAUAUUCUCAAUAUCCCUCUGAGGGAUGAAAGGCGCUCUUACUCUCAUGAUCGCUCAUGGAUUAAUAUCCUCAGCCCUGUUUUGUCUUGCAAAACUCCUCUAUGAACGAAACACCACUCGAACCCUUUCAAUAACCCGAGGCUUCAAGCUGGUUACCCCACUACUUACUGUAUGAUGAAUAAUAACAUGUGUAACAAACCUGGGACUACCCCCUACUCCCAACCUAAUUGGGGAACUUCUCAUUAUAUCUACCAUUAUAGACUGGAAAAUCUUAUCUACACCCAUAAUCACUACAGCAACAAUAUUUGGGGCCUUAUACUCCCUCCUAAUACUAGUUAACACUAACAAAAACUCCUUCCCAAGUUUUAUUACAAAAGCUCGCCCGAUAACCACUUCGGAACACACCCUAAUGGCUCUCCACCUCAUCCCCCUAGCAUUUAUAAUAUUCAACCCCUCCCACAUACUAAUAAAAUAA